AAAGAAAAACAUUUGUUUAUAAGAAUUAAAUUACAAUUAAAUCCAUUUCUACAACUGUAAAGAAAACGAAAUGAGUGAAGCUGUUGCAGGGGCAGGAGAUGGGGCCACCGGAGAACAUAUGGUGGCCAACAACAAAAUACAUUUCUCCAAGGAGGUAAAACAGGUCAUUGAUAAGGUUCUCAAAACAGAUGAUCCCAUGGAUGCCCCCGAUUUCAAUACUGUGGACUACAUCAACCAGCUGUUUCCUAAUGAGCAAUCUCUUGUGGGAAUCGAUGAGACAAUCCAACGCAUGCAAUGUGAAGUCUCCUUAAUUGAUGAUAACAUACGAUCUGUGGUACGUGGACAAUCCAACACCGGCCAGGAUGGCCAACUGGCUCUGUGUGAGGCCCAAAAGGUCAUUGGUUCGUUAUUUAGUCACAUUAUCGAUGUCAAGACGCGAGCUGAACGCACCGAAGAAAUGGUUAAGGAGAUUACCCGGGAUAUUAAGCAGCUGGACUGUGCCAAAAAGAAUCUUACCUCGGCCAUAACCACAUUGAACCAUCUCCAUAUGCUUGUGGGUGGCAUCGAAAGUCUGAAUAAGUUGAUCGAGCGUCGAUCCUAUGGUGAAAUUUUGAAUCCCUUGCAAGCCAUCACUGAGGUCAAUCAGCAUUUUCAACAGUAUUCCGACAUAGAGGAAAUCAAGAAUCUCUCCCAGAGCGUGGACAAACUCCAGGUGACUUUGGCCCAACAAAUUACUGAAGAUUUUAAAGAGGCCUUUGCCGCCAGGCCAUCGUCAUCAUCGGGUCAUCGUCUGGGUCUAAAUCAGCUAGCCGAUGCCUGUAAAGUUAUGUCUGUUCUUGAUCCCAAGGUCAAGAAAGAGCUUCUUAAGUGGUUCAUUGCACAGCAGCUUGAGGAGUAUAUGCAAUUGUUCCAUGAAAACCAGGAUAUUGCCUGGCUGGACAAAAUCGAUAAACGCUACGCCUGGCUAAAGCGGCAUCUCUUGGACUUUGAGGACAAAUAUGGUUCCGUAUUUCCUUUGGAUUGGGAAGUGUCCGAGCGUAUUACUGUUGAAUUUUGCCGGCAAACACGCGAACAGCUGGCGCAAAUAAUGGCCAAGCGGACCACGGAAAUUGAUGUGCGUCUUUUACUUUUUGCCAUCAAUAAAACGCAAUCCUUCGAACAGUUGCUCUCGAAACGUUUCACUGGAGUCACACUAGGAGCAACGCCUUCAGAGCCGGCCCGUGUAAUCACUGAGAACGCCGCCGCACCAACUACUGUGUUCCAUGACCAAAUCGGCCAAUGUUUCAAGGCCCAUCUGGACAUUUAUAUACGCAGCAUUGAUCGCAACUUAUCCGAAUUGAUGGAUAAAUUUGUGGAAAUGUCCAAAGAACCAUAUAAAUUCGCUGAGGCCAAGACCACAGUCUAUCCCAGUUCGGGAGACCUAUUUGUAUUUUACAAGAAAUGCAUGGUUCAGUGCAAUCAGCUAAGUAACGAGCAACCCAUGUACGACUUAGCAUUGGUCUUUAGGAAAUAUUUAAGGGAAUACGCACUUAAAGUCCUCGAGGGGAGCACACCCAAGUUAGUGCCGGUUAGCACCAGCAGCUCCAUAGGCAAGAGUGUGUCGCUACUUACACGCGACAUGCAAAAUCUAUCGACAGCAGCUGGCCAAGUGUUCCAUAACUUUCUGAAAGAGGGCGAUGCGCAGCGUUUCUCUCGGGAUGACUUGGUAAGAAUUUGUUGUGUCUUAACCACAGGAGAGUAUUGUCUGGAGACAGUUCAGCAGCUAGAGGAUAAACUAAAGGAAAAGGUGACUUCGGCAUAUAUAAAUAAAAUUGAUAUGAGCGAAGAGAAAGACGUCUUCCAUCGCAUAAUAUCCAAUUGUAUUCAACUUCUGGUCACGGAUCUGGAAGCUGGUUGUGAACCUUCACUACAGGCCAUGUCCAAGGUUCAGUGGCAGAAUAUCAACAAUGUGGGCGACCAGAGUUCCUUCAUUAGCAGCAUUUGCAGCAACUUUAAGCAGACUGUGCCCUCUAUUCGAGACACUCUCGCCAGUUCAAGGAAAUAUUUCACCCAAUUCUGUCAUCGAUUUGUGGCUGCGUUUAUACCCAAGUUCAUUCAGGUUCUCUACAGAUGUAAACUCACCCUAUCGGAUGGCUCCAACAAUGUGCUGGGCUGUGAGCAACUUCUGCUGGAUACCCAUUCAUUGAAAACAGCUUUACUGGAAUUGCCCUCGGUGGGUUCAAGUGUGAAUCGCAAGGCACCCACUAGCUACACCAAGGUUGUGGUUAAGGAUAUGACGAGAGCUGAAAUGAUAAUCAAGGUGGUUAUGACUCCUGUACAGCCACCAGCUCAUUUCACUCAGCAAGUCCUGAAACUGCUGCCCGACAUUACUAUUGCGGAAUAUCAAAAGAUUCUCGACAUGAAGGCGGUGAAGCGGGUUGAUCAAUUGCAACUGAUUGAUCUUUUCAAGCACACAGCAUCGGCGGCAGCAGUAAGUGGCCUCAUGCCGCCAGUUGCCAAUGAGGAGGAGACACCGAAUGGCGAUCAUGUCGUGGCUACAGAUGACACUGAUCAGUCAACAGUGACAACCGAAUCGGCCACAUCCACGGCGACAACAGCAACGACAACGUCGACGACGAGUAACACAGCUUCCACUUCCACACCAAAACGUGCCUUCAUCUUUAGCGUGGGCAGCUUUACGGGCAGUGCAGACAAAAAUGCUGAUGGCAGUUCCCAGACGGGCAUCCGCAAACUGGAAAGUCUGCUCAAGAAACGCUUUCCCUAGUAAUUUUAUCAUUUUCAAUUGUAAGCAAAUAACAUUCCACUCAAUUCCAACCAAUUCGGUAUCCUUUGUCCAUGUCAUUAAUGUCUAACGCAUUGAAAUAAGUUUCUGACCUCUCUUUUGUCACAUAAUUUAAUUGUUUAUUGAAGCCGUCUCGGAAAAUGUAUUUUCUUUGUUAGUUUAUACGACUUUUAUUUGUUAAUAUAAUUGACAUUAUAUCCAAUUAUUUGUUUAUCCCUUUUUUAAUUUAUUUUAUUAUAAUUUUUGGCAGUUGUCCUUGUCUCUUGUACUAAUUUCACAUAGAAAUGUUUAUCCACAAGUUAAAGCACACAUUUAGUAAGGGCAAACGUUAUUAAAUUUAAAAAUAUUUCAAAGUA